AUGACCGCUGCGAAUGAAACCUCAGACACGUCAUCUCGGCCCUCAAAGUCGAAGCCAUCUAUCGAUGCUGGAGAAGGCGCAGCGUUACGAAAGCGCUCCAGGUCACGUGGUAUACGAAGAACAUCGAUUGACAUCGAGAAGUCUCUCGAGCUCGAGACUGCAGAAGAUGAGGAUGCAGGGCUCCGAGACGAGGGUGGUUACAAGGGCCGACAGGCCUUCAGCGUGAGCGAAUUGCUUAUGCUGGCUUAUGAGUCUGUAGGCGUCAUCUACGGAGAUAUCGGGACCUCACCUCUUUAUGUCUUUUCUUCGACGUUCUAUUCACCGCCUGAUCGUGCUGAUAUCUGUGGGGCACUCUCUUUAAUUAUAUGGUCCCUUACACUCAUAGUCACUCUCAAGUAUGUUCUUAUCAUACUGCGAGCCGACAAUGACGGCGAGGGUGGUACUUUUAGCACAUACUCGUUGCUGUCUCGAUACGCAAACAUCUCGAACAGCGAUCCUCGUGAUGCGACAAGGUCACGCAAAUCAAGAGUGUUAUUCAGUCGAUCACAAAAGCAUGUUCGCUCGACGAUCGAGAAAACCACAUUUUUCCGCUACCUUCUGCAAGCCAUAGGAGUCUUCGCUGUGUCUAUGGUCAUUGCUGAUGGAGUGUUGACUCCAGCACAAUCAGUGCUUGGUGCGGUGCAAGGUUUGAACGAGAUCAACAGUGAUAUAUCCAAGUCCACGAUCAUUGGUGUGACCUGUACCAUCUUGGUCCUGCUGUUCCUAGCUCAACCGUUCGGCAUCAAUCGCUUUUCGAAGGCGUUCUCCCCAAUCGUUAUCGUUUGGCUGGCGCUGAACUCCGCUUUUGGGAUGUACAAUCUAGCCAGACAUGAUCACGGCAUGCUGCAGGCUUUCAACCCUUAUCAUGCCUUCAAAUAUCUCGUACGCAACAAGUACGCCGGAUGGCGCAGCCUUGGAGGCAUUCUUUUAUGCUUUACUGGUGUUGAGGUGCUGUUCGCCGGUAUUGGCGCGUUCAGUCGUCAAGCUAUCCAAGUCAGCUGGAUUGGAUUCGUGUACCCAAGCCUGCUCCUGACAUACAUCGGCCAAGCGGCGUUCAUCGCCGAGCGUCCUGAAGCGUUUGCGGAUCCGUUCUACAACUGCGCACCGCCCGGCUGGCUAAUACCUUCAUUCAUCAUUGCCGUCUGCGCAGCUAUGGUAGCUUCACAAUGUAUCAUAACAGCCACUUUCCAUCUUCUUGCUCAACUCAUGAAGUUAUCUUACUUCCCUCAGAUCCAGGUCAAGCACACCUCCAAGACCUAUUAUGGCAACUUCUACGUUCCUGUUGUGAACUGGCUGCUGAUGAUAGGCACGGUGCUCGUCGCAGCGAUCUAUAAUAACACAGCAUCACUUGGAGACGCCUACGGUGUCUGUGUCAUGUUUGUGACCUUCUUCGAUACCAUUUUGGUUACUCUGAUCGCCAUCUUAGUAUGGCGCAUCAAACCCUACUACAUAUUUCUUCCGCUGGUAGCCAUUGCUAGCAUCGACGGCACAUAUCUCAGCUCAGCCCUUGUCAAGGUUCCAGAUGGUGGCUGGUUUACAAUCCUGCUUUCGUGUCUCUUGGCAUGUAUCUUUAUCCUCUGGCGCUUUGGAAAAGAGCAACAAUGGAAGUCCGAAGCCGAGGAUCGUUUCCCCACCACACACUUCGUCAAGACAAACGACAAUGGAAAGCUGGAACUUACUGAGCUCUUCGGAGGCAGACAGCUCAGCUCCAUGGGUGGACUCGGCAUCUUCUUCGAUAAAGAUGGCGAUACUACGCCCAUUGUCUUCAGUCAGUUCAUUCGUAAGCUUGUCACUGCACCGGAAGUCAUGGUAUUUUUCCAUCUGCGGCCACAGGAGAAACCCACAGUCCCUUUGGAAGAGCGAUACCACGUCUCUCGUCUUGCAAUACCAAAUUGCUAUCGUCUGGUAGUAAACCACGGAUACAAAGACGAAGUUAUUACCCCAGACCUUACCGCUUUGAUAUAUGAGAAAGUUUGGAACCAUAUCGUCACUCGAGCAGCAGACAAAAAGCGCGAAAGCGCCACAGCAUCAGCUGCUAAGCGGCGAAGAAGUUCCGGCAUCUUGAAGAACUCGAGCACCUUCAGCGACGCCUCUGCCACACAAACCGAUGUCUCUGAAAGAGAAGAUCAAUCCUCACUAUCCGUGGAACGAGCACAAAAACGAUCUCGUCAGAUAUCUUCCACUUCCAUCACCACCAACAGCACCGCUGCGCGGCUGGAUGCAUUAGACCGAGCGUUCAAGGACGAAGUCCUGUACAUCAUGGGCAAAGAACAGAUGCGCGUUAAAGAGGGCACGAAUAUCGGGCGGUCGCUGCUGCUCAAGGCUUUCAUCGUGCUAAGAGAUAACACCAGAGCCAAGGUGCAGAGCUUGAGUGUGCCGAUCGAUAAGGUCAUUGAGGUUGGCUUUGUGAAAGAGGUAUAAGCAUUGGAUUGGUUUAUUCGCCCUCUUACUACAUAUCUUGGUGAGCAAUGGAAACAUGCUGUGAGAUCAGCUUCCACUUUCCCGCUUUGUUCGCGAUCGCGGCUCCGGUGUUUUGCGACCAGAACAUGCCUGAAUCACAGAGAAUGUCUAAGAGAAUGUCUAAGAGCUACCUGCUUUAUUCGCCAAAUGUGCGGCAAACCAAACACGCAACACCAACCAUUCCAACUCCAUAACUCCCCAGCACGCCGCAACCCA